GUACCGCAACCGAACAUUCCAACGAAGUCAUCUGUUCUUCAGCCUCUCUUUACUCCCGUCUUCUACCGACUCCCACGCUCUCUCAACCUAACAUAUAAUUCUCGCGCCUACGCGUUAAUACCAUAAUACCCACCACCACCGUCAACAUGUUCGCCCAGACCGCCAUCGUUGCCCUCUUCGCCGGCCUUGCCGCUGCCCAGCACGCCCCCGUUGGCGAGCCCAAGGGUAACCCCAUCACCCGUCCUCUUCUCGAGGUCGUCCCUGCCUGCAAGCCAUUCGAGAUCACCUGGCAGCCAACCACCUCGAACAGCGUCUCGCUUGUUCUUCUCCGUGGCCCGUCCACCAACGUGGUUCCCAUUUCCACCAUUGUCACUGGCAUCGCCAACAGCGGCAAAUACUCCUGGACUCCUUCCUCCGGCCUCGAGGCUGAUGUCACCCACUACGGUCUCCAGCUCAUUGACGAUGUGACCGGCCAGUACCAGUACUCCACCCAGUUCGGUAUCUCCAAGGGCGCCGAGUGCUCCGGUGUCGCUCCCUCCAGCGCUGCUUCCACUGCCUACGGUGGUGGCUACCCUGCCAGCUCCGCCGCUGCCAGCUCUACCCCCGCUGCUGCUUCCAGCGCCCCUGCUGGAUACCCCGCCAGCUCUGUCGCUGUUUCCAGCGCUCCCAAUGCCACCACCAUUGUCACCAAGCCCUCCGCGGCUGCCGUGAGCACCGGUUACCCCGUCGGCCAGAACUCCACCAUCGUCAUGCCCACCAAGUCCAUGUCCGUCCCUAGCUCCCUCCGCCCCACCAGCACUGGUGCUGCCAACGCUACCCGCCCCGGUCUCCCCGAGAGCACCGGCGCUGCCUCCAGCCUCCAGGCCGGUCUCAGCUUCGCUGGUGUCGUUGCCGCCUUUGCCCUUAUGCUAUAAGCAUCUUUUCUGUCAAUCACUUUUGGAGCUUGAUUGUUCCGCCUAGAAAUGUUUAUACGUCAUGACUUCUUCUUGCAUUUGGGUUUAUUCUCUUCGUGGCUAUUUCGCGCGUGAAUAGAAGACACUCCUGGUGUUAAUUUAGGGUUGAUAUAUACCCCCGCGUCGGCUCUUUGUUUGUUCCUACCGUCUUGUGUCGAGGUGGGCGGUUGUAUCUAGUCAAUUAGGGAAUGGAAAAAGCGUGCUUGGCAUGCGAUAUAAAAUCAAUGAG